AUGCGAACUGCUUUUCAUAUUUUGUCAAUUGUGAUUAUAAGCGAAAGUCUUGCUGGAGACGUAACAAGACUAAAGCAGCAACUAGAAAACCUUAACUCAUUGGCACUUGAUUAUGUUGAAGCCCAUAAAGACAGUCUGGAGAAUGUUACGGCGAACGGUUUACUGGAGCAAUUGAGCAGAAGGGAAAGUUAUAGCUGGUCGGGAUAUUCCAGCUGUCCUGAAAGGUCUGGUAUUUUUGACAUUAAUGUACCCAAUGAGCCAAAGUUCGAAGCAAUGUGCGAUGCCGAAAUAGCUGGACCUGGUUGGUUGGUCAUAAUGCGUCGAUAUGAUGGCAGUGUUAAUUUCUAUCGCAAUUGGACGCAAUAUAAAAAUGGGUUUGGUGAACUUAGUGGUGAAUUCUUCAUCGGUUUGGAUAGGCUACAUGCAAUAACUGCCUCACAAGAACAUGAGCUCUAUAUACACGUUGAAGACUUUGAUGGCAACAGUAGAUAUGCCCGAUUUGAUGACUUUGUGAUCAGCAGUGAACAUCAAUUUUAUGAGAUUCAAAGAUUAGGAAGUUACACUGGAGAUGUGGGCGAUGUGAUGAGCUAUCACAGGAAUGGAAAAUUCAGCACAUUUGAUAAAAAAAACGAAAAUAGCACAAGCACCUAUACCGAAAUUCACAUGGGCGCUUGGUGGUAUCAAGAGGGGGCGGCUAGUAAUCUGUUUGGCUUGUACAUGUCAGGUCCAGUAGACGCAGAAUGGAGACACAAAAGCAUGAGCUUAUAUACAUGGCGAGGCUGGAGUUAUUCCUUAAGAGUUGCACAAAUGAUGGUGAAGCCAAAGUGCACUUGUGUCACUUAAAGAUUGGCACACUUGGGAUUAUCCAAGUUGCAAAUGUUUUUAUAUUUGUUUAUUUGGAAUUCACACUAUUGUUCUUAAUU